AUGAAAUUUCUUUCUGAAUUUGCUUUGUUAAAUUUAGGAAACUUAAUCUGUUGUCUAGGAUUGUCAUUAAUAGCUCCAUUUUAUCCUACAUAUGCUCAAAAGUUCGAUGUCACAGGGUCCUUAUUGGGACUUAUUUUUGGAAUAAAUCCAAUCGGAGGAAUGUUGUCUUCAUUAAUUGUGGGAAAGAUCCUAAAUAAUGUAACCAAUUUAUACUUAUAGAAAGAACAAUCAAACCACUCUUUUAUCAUUAGGAAUGCUUAUUUAAUCCAUAGGGUUGUUUUGCUACCCACUUUUAACACUCACUACUGAUCGAACGAUGUUUAUUACUAUUUCAUUAUUAGGCAGAUUUAUUAGUGGAUUUGUAAUUAUCAUCUUUAUAUCUUAGGGAUCUUAAACAUUUUUGACUCCCCUAUAUGCAGCAAUUCCAUAGAAAUAUCCAGAAUCAGUCGAUUAAAAAAUGGCAAUUGCAGAAUUUUUUUCUUCUUUUGGAUUUCUUUGUGGACCAGUUAUAGGGUCUCUUUUAUACACUCUUGGAGGGUUCUCAUUUCCAUUUAUACUUUUUGCAUCUUGCUCUGUGAUCAUAGCCAUAAUUUUAAAAUUAAACAUCGGUAAUAAUGUAUAAAAAACAAUUGUUUAAAAUUCUGAACCUAUAAUAAAUCAUGAAUACGAUAUAAAUUACUAAUCUGAAUCAAUACUUCAAAAUGAGUAGAUUGAGUCAUCAAUUGGCUAUGCUUAGCUCAUUAAAUUAUUUCCAGUAAUCUCUUCAUUAUUUAUAAUGUUGGCGUUAUGCAUAACUUUUACAUUUUAUUCUCCAAUAUCAUCUCUUUACUUUGAAGAACAAUUUAGCGUGCCUCCAGAAAAUGUAGGCUAUUACAUGGCGGCAACUCCUUUGGCAUAUAGUAUUGGAGCAUUGAUAAUCUCAAGAAUUAAAUUUAAUAAACCGAGAGCUAUAAUAUCGGGCAUGAUUUUAGUAACAAUUUCCUAGUUUUUUAUGGGUCCUGAUCCAAUAAUGAAUAUUGAUCCAAGAAUUUAUAUCACUGUUAGUGCAUAAUUUACUUAUGGAUUAUUUUCAGCUCCUCCUUAUAUACUGGUUCUCCCUUAUAUUACUGAAAAAUUGGAAUAAAAAUUUAAGAAGUCAGAUCAUGAAAAAUGUAUAUCAUUAGCAUCAGGUCUGUUUAAUGCAGUAAUUUCAGCAGGAGAGUGUUUAGGCCCAAUAUUCUCAGGUGCAAUUGCUGAAUUUUUUUCAUUUCAAAGAGCAUGCAGUUUUUUGGGUUUAUAUUUAGUUGCCACAACUUUGUUAUUUUUCCCAAAUUUGUUUCUGUCAAAGAAAAAAUAUUAGAAAGCUUAAGUUAAAGCUUAUGAAGAAUAUUUGUGA